AGGGAUACUGCCAGUUUCAGAGUGGAUUCUCUUAAGCGCAGGUGUUCACUGUUAUUCUUUAGGGAAGACGUUUGAUGAUGUACAUUGACGUAAGGCCAGUUGAUGAAAGGAUACUUUAAAUACGUCAGAUUGUAGUGACAAGGGAGGUCAUGAGUAUGAUCUGUCAGCGGAUCCUGGUGGUGUCCCUCCUCUGGCUACAUGUUGCUGAGUGCAAGACGGUUGAUGUGACGUGCUCGUCUAACGGUUUCGCCUACUCCGAGUGCAACAUUCCGGAUCUUGACAACAACAGCCGAGUGAUUGGCGUCACGAAGAAGAAGCAGCUGUCUAGUUCAGAAUGCAUUCGGACAGUUAGUUUCGGUUACACUGAAACAAAGAUUUGGGUGUCGGACGGAUGCAGGGCAGAGUUCUACGUACAGUUUGGAAUAGUUCAGCCAUCAUCUUCACCACAAGACAGCACCAGCGUCACAUCUAGCAACGUUGUGAUAAGUACAGAUUUGGAAACGUCGACAGUAGAACAGUCUCCUUCCUCACGAGGACUCGAGCUGUUUUCGUCUUAUGGUCAGGGAGUAUUAUCAUCAACGUGGUCGAUGUCGUCGCUGGAGGACAUCACACCAUCAUCACAAGACAGCACCAGCGUCACAUCUAGCAACGUUGUGAUAAGUACAGAUUUGGAAACGUCGACAGUAGAGCAGUCUCCUUCCUCACGAGGACUCGAGCUGUUUUCGUCUUAUGGACAGGGAGUAUCAUCAUUAACGUGGACGAUGUCGUCGCUGGAGGACAUCACACCAUCAUCACAAGACAGGCUGACGCAAACACACACUGCCUCACCAUGGACUCUAGACGUCUCAUCGCCUUAUGGUGUAUUGUCCUCAUCGUACAACCUUUCUGCUACCCUUUCCCUUCAUGAUGGAUCUAGCUCAACAGGUUUUCUGUCACAAACUGCAUCUGUAGCGCCUCUUGCGUCAGCAGCGUGGUCAGACGUGAAUACCACGACAUCACUGUCUCCGACACAGGCAAUCAGUUCCUCUACGCCGCUGAACAAAGUCGACCACACCGAUUCUGUCGUUUUAGCGAAAUCAACUCGCACCUGUUUCUGUAGGAAGCGGGUUCAAACAGAGCGUGUAGUCGACCGCAAUGAUUACAUCAAACAGAUAGUGGAGAAAUUACAAGUCAAUGUGGCGACAUUAUCUAAGACAGUACGAAAGAAGACGAGUGCGAAAGACGAUCGUCCUUCGUCAGUGACCAUGGGCUAUGUGGGGAUUGUGUUCCUGGGGUUAACAGCCCUGCUGAUAGUUCUCCCGGAUGUAUGUACACUUUGUAAUAUAAACAACACAUAGACAAUAGACGGGAAGGGGUGGGCCCGUGUAUAUGUGUACACUUUGUAACAUAAACAACACAUAGACAAUAGACGGGAAGGGACGGGCCCGUGUAUAUGUGUACACUUUGUAAUAUAAACAACACAUAGACAAUAGACGGGAAGGGGUGGGCCCGUGUAUAUGUGUACACUUUGUAACAUAAACAACACAUAGACAAUAGACGGGAACGGGAGGGCCCGUGUAUAUGUGUACACUUUGUAACAUAAACAACACAUAGACAAUAGACGGGAAGGGGUGGGCCCGUGUAUAUGUGUACACUUUGUAAUAUAAACAACACAUAGACAAUAGACGGGAAGGGGUGGGCCCGUGUAUAUGUGUACACUUUGUAACAUAAACAACACAUAGACAAUAGACGGGAAGGGGUGAGCCCGUGUAUACGUGUACACUUUGUAACAUAAACAACACAUAGACAAUAGACGGGAAGGGGUGGGCCCGUGUAUAUGUGUACACUUUGUAACAUAAACAACACAUACACAAUAGACGGGAAGAGGUGUGGCCGUGUAUAUGUGUACAUUUUGUAACAUAAACAACACAUGGACAAUAGACGGGAAGGGGUUGGCCCGUGUAUAUGUGUACACUUUGUAACAUAAACAACACAUAGACAAUAGACGGGAAGGGGUGGGCCCGUGUAUAUGUGUACACUUUGUAACAUAAACAACACAUAGACAAUAGACGGGAAGGGGUGGGC